AGAAAGAGAGGAGGGGGAAGAGAGAGAGAGAGCAGGAGAGAGAGAGCAGGAGAGAGAGACGGAGACACACCGCAAGAGAGCGAGAGACACACAAAUACGGACAGACGCACGGCGUGCACGUGGGUCGAGACGGGAGUGAUUGAUAGAACACAGCGGAGAGAGAAUAAAUUGAUAGGUGGGGGGAGGAGGAGGAGGAGAAAGACACACAGGGACACGGACAAUAACUGCAUGUGUGUGUGUACACACACGGCACAAAGAUAUAUUGUACACUGACAGUAGACGGAGGGAGAGAUACGUGAGUGGACGCCGGCAAUCAAGAGACGUACAGAUACGAGACGUGCGAUACAGCAAACAUAUACAUCUAUAUACAACAGACGUAGAACAAUACAAAAUAUCCUUAGAGACUGUAUGAAUAAUGGGCGCUCGCUAACGGUGCACUGAUAGACACACACAACCAAUCCAUAGAAACAGGCAACGGGACAUCCUGACUACACGUAAGACAGAAACACGUAGGUGUAACAUACAUACACAGAAAAGGCGUCGUAGACACACAAAGACAUCGACACACCGACACAAAGAUUACACAAGGAGGCGAGAGCGAGCGAGUGGUGGUGAGUGUGAGAGAGAGGAGGAGGAGAGAGAGGAGCUGAUCACACAAAUGGCCUCCUCCAUCCUCUCGGCGGAGGAGCUAGCGCUGCGUGAGUGCGAGGCGUACGUGCAGAAGCACCGCGUGCAGCAGAUGCUCAAGGACUGCAUCGUGACCAUGUGCAUCGCCAAACCAGAACGGCCGCUCCGCUUCCUCAAGGAGUACUUCGAGAAACUCGACAAGGAGGAGGCGCGGCAGAGAGGCGGCUCGUCGCAGUGGGACUCGCGCGAGGACGAGAUCUCUCCUCCGCCGCCAAACCCCGUGGUGCAGAGGCUGAUGCGGCGCGGAGCGGUGAGCGCCGAGGUCUACACCGAGGAGGACGCCGCCUCGUAUGUGCGCAAGGUCAUCCCCAAGGACUACAAGACAAUGCAGGCCCUGUCCAAGGCCAUCGCCAAGAACGUGCUUUUCUCACAUCUCGACGACAACGAGCGCAGUGACAUCUUCGACGCGAUGUUCCCUGUGACCCACAUCGCCGGCGAGACGGUCAUACGGCAAGACGACGAAGGGGACAACUUUUACGUCAUCGAUCACGGCGAGGUUGACGUGUACGUGAAGAACGAGUGGGUGACCAACAUCAGCGAGGGCGGCAGCUUCGGCGAGCUGGCGCUCAUCUACGGCACGCCGCGCGCCGCCACCGUCAAGGCCAAGACCGACCUCAAGCUGUGGGGCAUCGACCGCGACAGCUACCGCCGCAUCCUCAUGGGGAGCACGCUUCGCAAGAGGAAGAUGUACGCGGAGUUCCUGAGCAAAGUCUCCAUCUUAGAAUCGCUGGAGCACUGGGAGCGGCUGACGGUGGCCGAUGCGCUGGAGCCGGUGCAGUUCGAGGACGCGGAGAAGAUCGUGGUCCAGGGAGACCCCGGCGACGACUUCUUCCUCAUCACCGAGGGCACAGCCGCCGUCCUUCAGCGUCGCUCUGAGAGGGAGGAGUUCGUGGAAGUCGGGCGCUUGGGUCCCUCCGACUACUUCGGGGAGAUUGCGCUCAUGCUGGACCGCCCGCGCGCCGCCACUGUGGUGGCCCGCGGGCCGCUCAAGUGCGUCAAGCUGGACCGGCCGCGGUUCGAGCGCGUCCUGGGGCCCUGCUCCGACAUCCUCAAGCGCAACAUCCAGAGAUACAACAGCUUCGUGUCCAUCUCCGUCUGACGUGCGCCCGCGGAUAUACGCCCGCAGGACGGUGUCAGUGGAGCGGCGGAGUCGAGGAUCUUGAGUUUCGUGUCCUGGCGCUCGCUCAGACAGCACCCGUGCAUGGUGUCCAACUCGCCAACACCCAGCACCAACACCCAGCACACUCUCACACCCAGCACCAACACCCAGCACCAACACCCAGCACACUCUCACACCCAGCACCAACACCCAGCACCAACACCCAGCACACUCU